AUGGCGCGGCCGCUGCACAGCGUCCAGGCCGUGGUGCAAAUGAUGCAGCAUCACUUCAGUGAAACACACGGCCAGCUGCAGUUCUUGAUAGAACCCAAGAUUGACGGAGAACGGCAGCAGAUACACGUGCUGGGGCGGGAUCGCAUCCAUUACUGGUCGCGCCGGUGA